GUUUAUUUGUGUUUGAUAAGAAAGUGAGAGAAACAUAGAAAUAAAAACACACUCUCACAACACACAUACAUACACACAAGUGUAAAGAUAUAUAGAUAUAGAAAAUUAGAAAUAGAGAGAGAGGGUGAGAGAUAAGAAAAAAAGCUCUCAACUUUUUUGAUGGGCUAUUGAAGAAACUUAUUUUGUGAAGUGGGUUUUUCCUAAUUGUGUGUUUCAACAAGUCUUUUUAUGUGUUAACUUAAGUGAAGUUAGUGUGUGUUUCUGUGUAUUCAUUUGAAUAAAAAUGGAUACAAAGGGAAGACUUGUUGCUGGUUCACAUAAUAGAAAUGAAUUUGUUCUUAUCAAUGCUGAUGAAGUUGGCAGAGUGACUUCCGUGAAAGAAUUAAGUGGGCAGAUUUGUCAGAUUUGUGGAGAUGAGAUUGAGAUAACAGUUGAUGGUGAGCCAUUUGUUGCUUGCAAUGAAUGUGCUUUCCCUAUUUGUAGACCUUGUUAUGAAUAUGAAAGAAGAGAGGGUAAUCAAUCUUGCCCUCAAUGCAAAACUCGAUACAAACGCAUUAAAGGGAGUCCAAGAGUUGAUGGUGAUGAAGAUGAGGAGGGAUUCGAUGAUUUGGACAAUGAGUUUGAUCUUGCAAACUAUUCGAGGAGAGAUCACCAUGGUGGCUCUGAGGCUGGUCUUAUGAUCGGUCGUGGUCCAUCUAAUGCUUCGGGAUUUGCUACCCCUUCGGAGGUGGAUGGUGCCACUCUUAAUCCUGAUAUCCCCCUUCUUACUUAUGGCCAAGAGGAUGAUGGGAUCUCAGCUGACAAGCAUGCUUUGAUCAUUCCCCCAUUUAUGAACCGUGCAAAGCGUGUUCAUCCUAUGCCAUUUUCUGAUACCGCUUCAUCGGUUUCUUUGCCACCUCGCCCCAUGGAUCCUAAGAAAGAUUUGGCAGUUUAUGGGUAUGGAACAGUUGCGUGGAAAGAUAGAAUGGAAGAAUGGAGGAAAAGGCAAAAUGAUAAACUCCAAAUGGUAAAGCAUGAUGGUGGCGGUGGUGGUCAUGAUGAUGGAGAAGUUGAUGAUCCUGAUAUGCCCAAGAUGGAUGAGGGAAGGCAACCACUUUCAAGAAAGUUACCUAUAUCUUCAAGCAAGAUAAAUCCAUAUCGUAUGGUCAUAUUGAUUCGUAUGGCGAUUCUCGGACUCUUCUUUCACUAUAGAAUUUUGCACCCUGUUAACGAUGCAUACGCCUUGUGGCUCAUAUCAGUUAUAUGUGAGAUAUGGUUUGCUGUAUCAUGGAUUUUUGACCAAUUCCCAAAAUGGUUUCCAAUUGAGCGUGAAACUUACCUUGAUCGAUUGUCACUCAGGUAUGAGAAAGAGGGGAAGCCUUCUGAAUUGGCACCUAUAGAUGUCUAUGUGAGUACGGUGGAUCCAUUGAAAGAGCCCCCACUAAUUACCGCCAAUACGGUGUUAUCUAUUCUUGCGGUUGAUUAUCCCGUGGAUAAAGUUGCUUGCUAUGUCUCUGAUGAUGGUGCUGCCAUGCUUACAUUCGAAGCUCUAUCAGAAACAUCUGAAUUUGCAAGAAAGUGGGUUCCAUUUUGCAAAAAGUUUAACAUUGAACCACGUGCUCCUGAGUGGUAUUUUUCAGAAAAGGUCGAUUAUCUUAAAGAUAAAGUACACCCGUCAUUUGUUCGGGAACGCCGUGCUAUGAAGAGGGAGUACGAAGACUUUAAGGUUAGAAUAAAUGGGCUUGUGACCAUGGCACAAAAGGUUCCAGAAGAGGGAUGGACGAUGCAGGAUGGUACUCCUUGGCCAGGAAAUGACGUUAGGGAUCAUCCUGGAAUGAUUCAGGUUUUCCUUGGGAACAAUGGUGUCCAUGACAUAGAAGGAAAUGAGUUACCACGUCUUGUUUAUGUUUCUCGAGAAAAGAGGCCUGGAUUUGAUCACCACAAAAAAGCUGGUGCCAUGAAUGCCUUGAUUCGAGUUUCAGCUGUUAUUUCAAACGCACCUUAUAUGCUCAAUGUCGAUUGUGAUCACUACAUAAACAACAGUAAAGCACUGCGAGAAGCUAUGUGCUUCAUGAUGGACCCUACAUCUGGAAAGAAAAUUUGUUAUGUUCAAUUUCCUCAAAGAUUUGAUGGUAUUGAUCGUCAUGAUAGAUACUCAAAUCGCAAUGUGGUGUUCUUCGAUAUUAAUAUGAAAGGGCUUGAUGGAAUUCAAGGGCCGAUAUACGUUGGAACUGGGUGCGUGUUUAGGAGACAAGCAUUGUAUGGAUAUGAUGCUCCAACCAAGAAGAAAGCCCCUGGGAAAACAUGCAAUUGCUUGCCCAAAUGGUUUUGUUGUUGUUUGUCUUCGAGAAAGAAGAAAGGCAAGGGAAAGUCAAAGGAGAAGUCGUCAAAGAAGAGCAAGAAGAACAAGGAUGCACAGACACAAAUACAUGCAUUGGAGAAUAUUGAAGAGGGAAUAGAAGGAAUAGAUAGUGAGAAGUCAUCACUCAUGCCUCAAAUCAAGUUUGAGAAAAAGUUUGGCCAGUCUCCAGUUUUCAUCGCUUCAACACUUUUGGAAGAUGGCGGUGUUCCCCCUGGAGCAACCUCUGCUUCACUCUUGAAAGAAGCCAUCCAUGUGAUAAGCUGUGGUUAUGAAGAUAAAACUGAAUGGGGAAAAGAGGUUGGCUGGAUUUAUGGUUCGGUCACUGAGGAUAUUUUAACAGGAUUUAAAAUGCAUUGUCACGGUUGGAGGUCCGUGUAUUGCAUUCCAAAGAGGCCCGCUUUUAAGGGUUCAGCUCCCAUUAAUCUUUCAGACCGUCUUCACCAAGUUCUUAGGUGGGCCCUCGGGUCUGUUGAAAUCUUGUUGAGUCGACAUUGUCCAAUCUGGUAUGGUUAUGGAUGUGGGUUGAAGCCAUUGGAAAGGUUUUCAUAUAUAAAUUCUGUCGUCUACCCGUUGACAUCAGUUCCAUUGGUUGCAUAUUGUACUCUUCCAGCCGUGUGUCUACUCACUGGGAAGUUUAUUGUUCCCGAGAUAAGCAAUUAUGCUAGCAUCCUCUUCAUGCUCAUGUUUUUGUCCAUUGCCGUAACAAGUAUUUUAGAAAUCCAAUGGGGAAAGGUUGGCAUAGAUGACUUGUGGAGAAACGAGCAGUUUUGGGUUAUAGGUGGUGUCUCAGCUCAUCUUUUCGCCCUUUUCCAAGGUCUCCUAAAAGUGUUAGCCGGAGUCAACACAAACUUCACGGUUACAUCAAAAGGAGGAGACGAUGGAGAAUUUUCGGAACUCUAUCUUUUCAAAUGGACCACCAUCUUGAUCCCUCCAUUGACCCUCUUGAUCUUCAACAUUAUCGGUGUAGUUGUAGGCAUUUCAGAUGCCAUUAGCAAUGGUUACGAAACAUGGGGCCCACUUUUCGGUCGAUUGUUCUUUGCAAUAUGGGUGAUCUUACAUCUUUACCCUUUCCUCAAAGGUAUGAUGGGAAAACAAAGCAACGUUCCAACUAUCCUCAUUGUGUGGUCGAUCCUCUUGGCCUCAAUCUUGUCACUUUUAUGGGUGCGUAUCAACCCGUUCUUAGACAGAGGUGGAAUUGUGUUAGAAGUUUGCGGGUUGGACUGUGACUAAAGAGGAUGAUUAUACAGAAAUGAAGAAUAGAGAGGCACGCUAUGUUACAGGACAGAUUCUUGAAAUAUUUAUCAGUGAAUGUGUGUAGAUAAAAAAAAAAAGGGGUUGGGACCUGAUACAUUUGAAGAUUGAUUUUGCAAAGUCUUUUUUUCUCUUUUUUUUUUUGUUUUUAAAUCUUUUCAUUGAUUCUUUUAAAUUUGGGUAAUUUUUGUGGGUUGUGAGGGAUAGACUUCAAGAAAUAGAUGAAUCUGUCUGUAAUCCCAGGGAGAACAUAAAGUUUAGUAAUUUCGUAUAAUUUAAUAUUUUUCUUUCAGAAUAA